GUGGCAUAUAGCCUCAAUUCUUCCGGUGCGCGUGAGGAAGGGAUUAAACGUCUGUCUCUCUACUCUCUUUCCGUGAAAGAACGGCAGCCUUAUCGCGUUUACCGGCGUUUAGAACCGGAACGGCGUCCCGACGACUCGUUCGUUAACCCAUCAAGCUGUUUAUGAGAGUUAGGGAUGAACUGAGAAUGAAUGUCAACCAGCAACCUCACAUGGCCUCUCCUUAUGGGCAGCCUCAGCCUGGGUAUCAGGGCUACCCCCAGCCUGGCUAUGGGGGCGGCCAUGUGCCAUCGGGAUAUCCAGCUCAGUACGCACCUUACAACGGGCCAGGUUCUGCCUACCAACAAGGUCAACCGCAAGGAUAUUCUCCUUAUGCAAGCUUUCCCUCUAAGACUCUCGCAACAAACUUAGUCUCUGACCUGUCCUCCUCCUCUCCUCUUGACCUAGGUAUGAGAGGACCCCCCACCUCAGGGGCGCCACCUGUCUCAGGUGCCCAGAACUAUUCUCAGUUUGGGCAAGGAGAAACUCAAAAUGGACCACCUCCGAUGGGUGCUCCACCACAGAGGCCUCCAGUGUCUCAACCUUACACUCCAGCUGCGGUGAAUCUCUCUGGUCCUCAGCCCCCGUACGGCCAGCAGUUUGGAGCUCCACCUGUCAGCAUGCAGCAGAUGACCAAUCAGAUGGCCAGCAUGCAGGUUGGCUCCACUGCACCAUCCCCUGCAGGCCCAGGCUAUGCCCCUCCCUCCGUAUCCCAGGCUCCUAUCUCCGCUGCCUACACACCUGCAGCUCCUCCCACUUUUCCACUCACCUCCACUGCUCCCACACAGCCUCUGCCUACUGAAGCUAUGGCUCAGGCUCCCCCUCAGUCCUACUAUGGAGCUCCACCUCCUGCCCAGCAGCCUUUCCCAAAUGCUGUCCCGCCUUUCUCCUCCACUGGCCCCACUCAGCCCCAAGCCCCACCACCUGUUUCUCAACAGUCCUUCCCUCAAGUUCCGCCUGUCUCUCAGCCUCCUUUUUCCACAGCCCCGCCUCUGGGUCCCACCCAGUCAUAUGGAGGCCCACUUCCUCCAACACAGCCCUCUUUCCAAAGACCUCUGCUUCCCACCUCCCAGCCCUCCUCUUUCCCUGGAGGACCACCACCCACCUCGACUCCAUCUCAGUUCCCAGGGGUCAUGCCACCCCAACCACCAGUUUCUCAACCCUCACCUUAUCACUCAGGUCCACCUCCAAACGCUACUGGGUUUCCACCACAAGUUGGUGCACAACCAAGGCCUCCCCUUGCUGGAAUGCAGGGGCCUCCAAUGGCUUCGCAGGGGCCUCCAAUGGCUUCGCAGGGGCCUCCAAUGACAACGCAGGGGCCUCCAAUGGCAUCGCAAGGGCCUCCAAUGGCAUCGCAAGGGCCUCCAAUGGCAUCGCAAGGGCCUCCAAUGGCAUCGCAAGGGCCUCCAAUGGCAUCGCAAGGGCCUCCAAUGUCACAGGCUAAUCAUGUACCCCCUUCACAACAUGGCAUGCCACCUAGUCCUACCAAUGCUUCCCUGUCAGGGCCACCACCACAGCCAGGAAUGCAGGGAUAUCCUCCUCAGCAAAACGGUGCUUUCGGGCAGGUCAGAGGUCCUCAACCUGGCUAUUCAGGACCGUAUUCUGGGCAGCCAAAUUACGGAGCGCCUCCUGCUGCACCUGCCCCAGCACCACCUGCCCCGAAGAGGCUUGAUCCUGAUUCUAUUCCAAGCCCGAUUCAGGUUAUUGAGGAUGACAAAGCAAACAAGGGAAGUGAACCUUUUACAACAGGGGUCAGAGGUCAAGCCCCACCUCUUGUCACCACCAAAUUCCAAGUUAGAGAUCAAGGAAAUGCGAGUCCACGCUACAUCCGUUGUACAGCCUACAACGUGCCCUGCAAUUCCGACAUGGCCAAACAGUCCCAGGUGCCCCUGGCUGCUGUCAUUAAACCCCUGGCCACUCUGCCUCCAGAUGAGACACCGCCAUAUCUUGUAGAUCAUGGAGAAAGUGGUCCCAUCCGCUGUAAUCGCUGUAAGGCCUAUAUGUGCCCGUUCAUGCAGUUUAUCGAAGGUGGCCGUCGUUUCCAGUGUGGCUUCUGCAGCUGUGUCACCGAGGUGCCUCCCCAUUACUUCCAGCAUCUGGAUCACACAGGGAAGAGGGUGGACUGCUACGACCGACCGGAGCUCUCGAUGGGCAGUUAUGAGUUUAUGGCUACUGUGGACUACUGUAAGAAUAACAAGUUUCCUCAACCGCCAGCCUUCAUCUUCCUGAUUGACGUGUCCUACAAUGCUGUGAAGAAUGGCAUGGUAGGAAUCGUAUGCCAGGAGCUGAAGACAUUGUUGGAUUACUUGCCCAGACAGAAUCCUGAUGUGGAAUCAAACAUUCGAGUUGGCUUUGUCACCUACAAUAAGGUGCUUCAUUUCUAUAACGUCAAGGCCUCCCUUGCCCAGCCACAGAUGAUGGUUGUGUCAGAUGUGGCUGACAUGUUUGUGCCCCUACUGGAUGGAUUUCUGGUCAAUGUCUCAGAGUCCAGGGUGGUUAUUGAGAGUUUGUUGGAUCAGAUUCCUGAGAUGUUUGCUGACACGCGGGAAACUGAGACUGUAUUUGGGCCUGUUAUUCAGGCUGGGCUGGAAGCGCUCAAGGCUGCAGACUGUGCUGGAAAGCUCUUUGUUUUCCACUCAUCUCUUCCCAUCGCUGAGGCUCCAGGCAAACUGAAGAACAGGGAGGAUAAGAAACUAGUGGGCACUGAUAAAGAGAAGUCAUUAUUCCAGCCACAAGUUAGUUUUUACAACACCUUAGCCAAGGAGUGUGUUGCGCAGGGUUGCUGUGUGGACCUUUUCCUCUUUCCCAACCAGUAUGUUGAUGUAGCAACGUUAGGGGUGGUCCCCACUUCAACAGGCGGAUCCAUCUACAAAUACACCUACUUCCAAGCUUCGACUGACCAGGAGCGUUUCCUCAAUGACCUGAGGAGAGAUGUGCAGAAGCAGGUGGGCUUUGAUGCAGUGAUGAGGGUCCGCACCAGCACAGGUAUCCGGGCGACCGACUUCUUUGGUUCCUUCUACAUGAGUAACACCACAGAUGUAGAGCUGGCAGGACUAGACUGUGACAAGACCGUUACCGUGGAGUUCAGACAUGACGACAAGCUCAGUGAGGAAACUGGAGCUCUAAUGCAGUGUGCUGUUCUGUACACCACCUGCAAUGGUCAGCGACGGCUUCGGAUCCAUAACAUGGCAGUGAACUGCUGCUCCCAGCUGGCAGACCUGUACAGGAACUGUGAGACUGACACAAUCAUCAACUUCUUCGCCAAAUAUGCAUAUCGGAGUGUACUCAGCAGUCCUACCAAGAAUGUACGUGAUAGCCUGGUGAAUCAGUGUGCACAGAUCUUAGCCUGUUACCGCAAGAAUUGUGCCAGUCCAUCGUCAGCAGGGCAGGGCUCUGGCAGCACAGCAGACGGGAAGCGCAGUGCUGCGGACAUCUCACAGUUGAUUUUACCAGAAUGUAUGAAGCUGCUGCCCGUGUAUCUGAACUGUGUGCUGAAGAGUGACAUUCUGCAGCCCGGGGCGGACGUCUCCCUGGAUGACCGUGCCUACCUGAGACAGCUGGUCAGUGCUAUGGAUGUGGCUGAGAGCCAUGUGUUUUUCUACCCUCGGCUGCUUCCGCUGCAACAGCUGGAUGUUGAGAGCAUGUCUCUGCCUGUGGCAGUGAGAGACUCGGAGGAGAGACUGUCUAGGGGAGGAGUGUACCUGUUAGAGAAUGGACUGAACAUUUUCCUUUGGGUGGGGGUCAAUGCCCAGCAGGAGCUGCUUCAGAACAUCUUUGGCACACCUGCCUUCAGCCAGAUAGACCCCAGCAUGACCUCUCUGCCGGCUUUGGAUAAUCCUUUUUCAAAGAGACUGAGGGAGAUUAUCGAGUCCGUCAGGGCACAGCGCUCACGAUACAUGAAGCUCAUGGUGGUGAAACAGGAAGAUAAGCUGGAGCUGAUCUUCAAGCACUUCCUGGUGGAGGAUAAGAGCAACAAUGGUGGGGCCUCUUAUGUGGACUUCCUGUGUCACAUGCACAAGGAGAUUCGUCAGCUCCUGAGCUAGAAGCAUCGGGUCCACCCUCCUCCUCUUCCUCCUCCUCCCUUGGCUCUGUACUCAGAAGCGCUUUAACUUUUUAUUUAACAUAAUAAAAUCCCUUUGCCCAUCAUCUUCUCUUCCUCAAGUAUAAUCUCAUCCACCCUGACUCUUGAGGAAGAAGCCACCUUGUAAAGGAAAUGUUGCUUGGUCAGAUUACGGUGUUCUUUUGGUUUUAGUGGUGGGAGUUUUGACCCGACCUUCUCCUCCUCCUCUUUUGAUGGCAGGCUCAUGAAGACUCUGUGUGCGCGUGUGUGAUAGGGAAGGAGAUAUGCUGUUGUUACAUCUCCAGCUGAUCUGGGAUCAGGUUGUGAUGCCUCAGUUAGAGAUUAAACUGCUUUGUUAAACGAACAUCUUCAGAACAGCUACCUGGUUUUAGAGUGUGUUUGACUGUGAACUUCGAUGUUGAUUGUACUGGGUGUUCUGUGAGAAACACUAGCACUGAUUAAUGGCCUCUAGGUACAGAGGGACAGAAGAAUAACCGCAUUAAUCUAGAAAUUAAUUUAGACCUACUCGGAAUACAGUGAAAUGAAAUCCCUCAUCUUAUUCCAAUAUGAAUCAAAAGAUGUUUUAGAACAAGUUAGAUUCAUGUCUACCCAAUAAUUUUUUUUCUGCGUAAGUUCUGUUUCCCUUUUGAUUUAUCUCUCAACCUUGGCCUUACUGAUCCUGUCUUUCAUUUUUCAUCCGUUAUUCUGUUUAUCUUGUCUAAUUUUUUGUAAUUUUCACCUUUUUAAUGUGUGCGAUAAACCUAAUAGACUCUGUGGGAGUGUGAAGUGUGCUGUUAAUCGUUCAAAAUGUCUUUUACUCUGAGAAAACAAUUGUAACAAAAGUCUAUGCAUCAACUUAUCUUUAAAAGAAAGAGGGAAAGCUGUUCAAGAGCCUGAGCGAAUAUUAUCUGUAUGCUUAUUUUCUCCUUGCCAUCACCCUCAUCCUCCAUAAGAAGCAGAUACGCCUAAAACUGAUACGUUAGUGUCACUUCUGCAUCCUGAUGAGGAAUAUGGAUCCCUACGGAUGCCCGGACAGGGAGUUGAAUUUCAGAUGAGCCUCUCGGGAGGGAUGGGAGUUUUCAAGGCCCUUCAGAUGGUUCAGUAAUUGGGCAUAUAUUACGGAAGCAUUCUGGCAUUCAUUGCGUUUCCUUUUAAAUUCUUUUUUUUUUUUUCUUCUUUUUCUUUACUGUAUGGUCUGUUAGUAACCUGUAUAUUACAUGUGCUUGAUCAUCAUGUAUCAGUUAUGAUUUAAUAUUAUGUUCUAAAUCUGUGUGAAGGUUUAUGGUUUUGAACAGGUGGAGUCUCUGCUCUAGGAUAUUAAUCUGUGCAAUGGAAGCCUGUGCUGAGAGUGGAGUGCAGGACUCAUUAGAAACUGACCAUUUCUAACCGCUUUUUUCCAAGCGAGCGAUGUCAAGCACAUGCGGAAUUGUGACCUUAAAAGCAAUCAACACUGAAUACCUUGUCAUCACAUUUAUUACAUGUACAGAAUUAAAAAAUCACAUUUUAAAAAUGA